AUGGAGAAAAGAAGAAAAAGGGAAUUACUGGGAAUUACCUACUGGGAAUUAAAAGUGGGUGUGAUAAAAGACAAAAAUGGCAGGGACUUAACAGAAGAAGAUCAGAUAAAGAAGAGAUGGCAGGAAUACACUGAAGAUCUAUACAGGAAGGAUCUUAACAGCAGUGAUGAUCUCAAUAGUUGGUGCAAUGAGAUAGAACAAGAAAUCUUGGAGAGCGAAGUGAGAUGGGCCAUAGGAUGCCUUGCAGAUAACAAGGCUGCAGGAGUUGAUGAAAUCUCAAUUGAACUAUUCAACAUUCUGAAAGAUGAUGCUGUUAAAUUUCUGCUUGUCUUAUGCCAACAAAUUUGGAAAACUCAACAGUGGCCAAAAGACUGGGAAAGGUCAGUCUACAUCCCAAUCCAAAAAAAAGGCAAUGCCAAAGAGUGCUCCAAUUAUCGAACAAUUGCACUAAUUUCACAUGCCAGCAAGGUAUUGCUUAAGAUCAUACAAGCUCGACUCAAAACAUAUAUGGACUGGGAAUUACCAGAUGUACAAGCUGGGUUCCACAGAGGACAAGGCACAAGAGAUCAAAUUGCCAAUGUACGAUGGAUAAUAGAGAAAGCCAGAGAGUUCCAGAAAAACAUCUACUUCUGCUUCAUAGACUCUUCUAAAGCCUUUGACUGUGUGGAUCACAACAACACGUGGCAAGAGAUGGAAGUACCAGAUCAUCUCAUCCGCCUCCUGAGGAAUCUGUAUGAGGACCAAGAAGCCAUAGUCAGAAGAAAUAUCAACACCAUAAGAUACGCGGAUGAUACUACUCUGAUGGCUGAAAGUGAGGAAGAACUACAGGACCUGCUGAUGAGGGUAAAAAAAAGAGCGCGCAAAAGCCGGCUUGCUGCUUAA